AUGUCCGGGCCCGGAAACAGGCCCGGUCCACAAGACUGGACAUGGAGUGAUCAUUUGCAAGACUACUACUGGCGCAACCCGAGUACUGGGCAGUUCUGGGUCUCCAAUCGUGGAAACCCCAGACCAAUAACCGCACCACCCCAAAACCCCCGCCUGGAGCAGCCUGUUUCUCGCUCUGAUGUUCGUGCCAGCUCCCAUCCUACAAGAGCCGGGUCUGCGUCUGGCAGAGAUCUAUCCUAUUCCCUCCAUCCUGGCCCGCCUGGCAUCUCUGACGCCUCAAACCCGACUCCGGGGCAGCAGAUAGCAGGCAAUCGAUCUGAAAGCCAGUAUAUCACCCCCAGGGGCGGCUCGACGUACAGCGCAAGUCCACCUGCAAGGGAAUUCAGCAGAGCUAGAUCGGGCUCAGUCCACCCAAGUGAUGCUUCUCAAAGCCCGAGUCAGAGACCGCGAGACAGGAACGAUGGUCCCACGCAGCAACGGAUGCCGCAAACUACGGGUGGAAAUCCCAUUCCUCGCGCAAGCGAGGCCACCAGCUCAUACUCCCCUCAAGCUCGUCCCUUCGUCCCAGGAUCUCCGCAACAGGUGCCUAUGACAACUGACCCAGCUAUGAGGUUUGGAAGCUCUCACUCGAGCCUCAACAAUGCUAUGGCCAAACUAGAUAUUGGAGCAGGCUCGGGCAAUCAAACUGGAGCGUCUCCGGGAGCCGCCACUGGUGCUGGUCGGUCUGGCGAGUACGUCAACCCCGACACAGGGGUUCGUAGUGUUGUUCGUUUCGGCGAUGUGAUCACAGAUCCGUCGCUGGGGCGGAUGGGAGUCGUUGUGAACAGUCAGUUAGCCGGAACAGUGGGCGACAAAGAGCAAUUGUAUCCAGAGUUCAAAAAGCGGACGAAGCCGAAAAACUUUUUCACAGUAGGGAAGGUCUUCAUGAUGCUUUGGGCUGAGCCAGCAGGGGAUUCUGGCAGAAGCAACACUCUGAUCACCAGUCAAGAACGAUCGACAAUCCCUGGCAAGUUUGGCCAGAUGGUGUUUUCGAAAGUUCGUAGGUUUGUCGUAAUUCGCGAAGGAGAAGGAUACUGCACCGCCCUACCGAUCGUGUCUUAUGAUGGCCAAGGCGCAGCGAAACCUGGUGUCUUGAAGAGAGAACAUGGGAUUGCAUACAUCGGCAAACAGCCACCAGAACCGACUGAAGGCGAACUCCCUCGACGUGGUGAGGAAGGCAUGCUUCCCAGGCCUGUUCGAAUCGAUCCGGACCAGAAGACCGAAAAAUUGACCACUAUGUCCCGGAUCAAUUAUGGCAAGGUAUACACCGUCGAGCACAACGUCAAAGUCCGAUCCCUGGGUACCGUUAGCGGUAGGACGCUCCAAGCCUUGCUCUAUCAAUUCAAGUACGUGUGGGAUUACGGCACUUCAGGGCGGCGAGGUUCAGUCGGCCGAUCCGAGCAGGAUUCGUCCAGCGGAUCGCGCAUGCGUCCCAUCAGCGAGCAAACAGAUUACAACGCUGCGAUCCGGUAUUUCAUGUCGAAGGGCCUGACGAAAGAGCAAGCUGAAGCGACCGUCAAGCAGCGAAGUAAGGCCAGCGCCGCGAGAACCAGUAUCAAUUCAGAUAGCGGAGAAGAAACGGAAGCAUCGGACGACGACGAGGAACAGGACCCCGCUCAAGAUGCGAGUAACGCACAGAUGGAGAAGACCAUUCGCCAACUGCAGAAGUACAGUGGCCUCUCCCGGGGCGGAGCCAUUGCUGUGUUAAGGGGAGCGCAGAGAACGUCGCAGCAGGCGAAGUCCAAGACAGGCGAAGCAAGUGACGAGGAGGAAUCCGAUCAAGGCGAAGCUGCGUCCAAGAGAGGAAAGUCGAAGGCGACCAGGAGCAAGCAGCUUGAACUACAACAAGCAGCUCAAAUCAAGGCCUUCCACGACAGAGUGGCGGCCCUUCAUCAACAAGGAGUAUCAUAUGAAGAAGCUUACAGAUCUGUGCGAGCGAGCAUGUCCCAUGGUAGAGGUCUGCCCGUAGCGAGCACUUCGCAAAGCGGAAGCACACGUCGACCACAAGCGGAUGAAGAGGGUGAAAGCGAAGACCAAGACCCCAGUUCCGAAGAGGCAUCAGAAGAUGAUGAUGACGACGAAGAAGAUGACUAA